ACCCAAUUUGCCGCCGAUAAAAGAAAAAAAAAACUUAAAUUAUAACACAAAUCCAUAGCAACAGUUGUUGAAUAUUACUAAUGUAACGAGACGUGUGUCGUAUUGUUCAGUGCAAACAAAUAUGGAUUUAGAGCAGGAGGAGACCAUCGCGACGGACGACGACAGCACUGAAGCCGACCACAGCUUUUACCUCAGCAGGUUAAUGUUGACAGAACAUCAGUUCUCAACCCCCACUGCCGCCUCCCAUCGUGUCCUAAUCAGUGAAGAGAUUUCACCUCAGAUUGACCUGCAAUAUCGCACAGGACAGAACAGAAAGACAUCCAUAACAAAACAGCUAACCCAUGGUACUAUGGAUCCACCAAUAAAUCCUGCAAGCAGUGUUCAAUCUCGUAUUACUGAAGAAGAAAGGUCCUCAGAAAGGGAACAUAGUGAAGUGUUGAGACCCAUUCCCCUACAUGGCACAAACUCAUUGGAUGCUUCUCACCAGCAGCCUGUGCCAACUUUGAGUUGUUCAUUGAGAAUAAACAGCAAAACUUUUGGGGGGAAAACUGAUCCAUUGGCCAAAAUGAAGAACACUCAACUACAGAACACUAAAAAGAGGUCACUUCCUUCUAAAAGGAAGAAGAGUCCUGACACCAAGGAGUACAAUAAAGAGUUAAAUACACCUUUGCCUACACAUGAUGCACCAACAGUAACCGCUAAGCCUUACAUUAGUCCAGGUUUCAGAGGCCAAGGCAUUACAGAACGAAAAUCAGGGAAAGUCCUAUCACUCAAGUCCAUCCACAGACGGAAUCAUUUUGGAGAGACAAAGCUGCAUUUAGCUGUGAUGAAGGGAGACAUUCAAGACGUCAAAGACUUGAUCACAGUGGGUGCUUCUGUUAAUAUACCAGAUUAUGCAGGUUGGACUCCACUCCAUGAGGCAGUGCAGAGAAACAAGUAUGACAUGACAGAAAGUUUACUCGAAGCUAGAGCCGAAGUAAACUGCAGAGGAGUUAAUGGAAUUACACCUUUACAUGAUGCCAUUCGGUGUCAGUAUUACAAGAUUGUAGAGCUACUUCUGAAGUAUGGUGCUGAUCCAUUAUCAAAGAGUGACAGAGGGAUGACUCCUAUGGACAUGACCACAGAAAGAUCUAUGUAUAUACUGGUGGAGAAAUAUCUGCAGAAGACUAAAAGUGAUCCAGAUAAAAAUACACCUAGCACCACUGAUUCUGCAGUCAAUCCAAGUAUGAGCCAAAGAAACUGCCAGAACUCCAUCAAAGACACAAGAACUCCUCUUCAGAAAUCAACAGGAACUGCUGAUACAAGUGAGCAGUCUGGUGAAGCUGAACCCUUUCCUGGUCCAAGCAGUGAACAACCAAGCUAUGAUCCUUCCAUUCAGGCCUCUCUUCAAGGGGAGGCUGGUGAAACUCUGAUGAAUGAUGGCAGUUUGGUAGCUGAGAAGACAAGCUUACAUUCUUUCCAUGACUAUAGCAAUGCAAUUACUGAUUUGUCAAUUCAGAGAAGAAGUGAAGAUUCAUAUAAAGUUCCCUCAACAAGAAAGACAAUAUCAGAGGGCUGUCAACUCAAUUAUGGGGCUGAUAUUAGGGAUGAUAAUGACUCUGCCAUUGCUAAGAAAAUGCUCAAAAGAACAAAACACGACAUUCAAAAUGAAAAAGAUUUUUUGGAAUACUUGCUCAACUUUGAUACAAACCAUGUCAUUGAGAGUAAAAAAGAAGUAGAUGGCCCCUUACUUCAGCAGAAUAAAGAUACAAGAAAAGAACAACAGUCAGCUCUUGAUGUUUACCAAAAGAUUCAAUCUGAAACUGUGUGCUGUUCUGACACCAACAACAACAGCAGUCAAGAAUGCAGCAAUUCUUCACUGCCCCUUCAUUUAAAUGAACUAAUUGACUCAUGUUUACAAGGGACAUUCAAAAAAGUCGCUAAUGGACAUCCAUCUGGAGCAGUGGCUAAGUCUACAUUACAGAGUGAAGAAAUGUUUGACUCAGACAGCCCUGGUUCACUGUCUUUGCUUACGGCCAUAAUCCAUAGUCAAGGAUUAACCUGCAGUCCAGAGGAGUCAGAGAAAGAUCAACCAUUCGAGGAAUUAGACACAAGCGACAAACAACUCCCAGAUACUAAACCAUGCAUUGUUGUCGAGAAUCAUAUAGUUAGAGAUUCAGCGGAUUCUGACUGCACUUUUGUGGAAUGGUCCAAUGCCCCUGACAUUAAGAAAAGUCAGAAAAAAAAAUCGAAACAGAAGAAAAGGCCGCUUAGACGAGGACAAAAUGUCGCAGAUGGAUUUAAUACAGGACCAAAGACAUGUUUUAAAAUUACUCAGAAAAAUCUUGACAAGAGAAAUAGUGUCGGCGAGACUCAGCUUCACCGGGCGUGCAUCAGAGGAGACCUGCAAAUGGUCAAAGUCUUGAUAGAAGCUGGAAGCAAUGUUAAUGUAUCAGAUCAUGCAGGAUGGACCGCCCUUCAUGAGGCCUGUAGCAGAGGUUUUGUAGAUGUGGCAGAGCAGCUCUUGGAAGCAGGGGCUGAUGUCACCAGUAGAGGGCUAAAUGGAUGUAACCCACUGCAUGAUGCUGUCGCAUCAGGGUCGUAUGAGAUUGUGAGGCUUCUCCUUCAGUUUGGCUCAAGCCCUCAUGACAAGAAUAUCAUGGGACAGAAUGCGGUAGACCUCGCAGCACAUGAAAGCAUCAAAGAGCUGCUUUUGACAUUUAAAGGACCUUUUCGUAAACCUUCCUGGACAACUGACACUUCCAAACAGGGAUCCCAGCUUUUGGCUGCAGAGCACAUGCAGCCAGAUGCUGAUCAGGACGAGUUAGCUUGUAGCUAUGAAGCCUCUCUUUUGGAAAAUGGAUCUGUCAGUGAUGCCAGUGGCAGAGUCUUCCUCCUCCCAGAUCAAUGUUUUGAAUCAGUCCUGGAGAGUCAGUCCUCAGGUCCUGCCAUCUCUGAUUUUGCCUUUGAAAAGCAGGUUGUGUAUCAAUUCAAGUCAAGUUGUUUAAAUACAGAGACAACAUCUCUAGGAUCAGUACAUCCCCAUUCCUGCACAUUCAACAACAGUCCAUCAAAACCUGCUAUAAAAGAGCCGUCCAAAAAUGACGUUUUCAUGAACAUCAGAUCCAUUCACUUGGUCAGCGAUGAGGAGUUGUUUCCAAACCACGUGAUGAACAGAUACUGGGAUGUCUUUGCCCAGAGUGAGGAGUGGACCUUUGAAACUUAAGAAAAUUGCUCAUGUAGCACAAAAGUGCCUGUUAGAGCAAUAACGAAAACCAUUUCAGUGUUAAAACCUGUUUAAAAUGUUUGAACUUUUACAAAGUGGGAGAGUGUUAUAUUCUCGUUGUUGUUUAGAAAGUACGAAUAGCCUAUAUUUGAAAUGUUUUUGUACUACUAAGUUUCUUUUGUAAGAUGAUGGUCUUGAUAUUAAAAUGGAAGUC